CUUCUGUGACUCAUCGCCUCUCAGACCGCAACGCAGCUGGAGUCAUCCCUCAAUAAACCUGCAGUCUAUACCGGCUAUAUUUAGAACCGCAAAUUUUUCUCUCAUUGCCUGACAGGAUUGAGAUGUUACAUUUUAGGUUCUCGACAGUGCUGAAGGAGUUGUUUGAAGCCACCCUCAAGCGUCCCUCUAUCGGCUCCAGACAGACCUGCUUACCGACACGCCACUGCUGCUUCGGCGCCUCGUCCGUUGAUGCCCGAGCUGUGUCUCCGCAGCUGAAGGUCCUCCAUGCCGCUGUUCACCGCCCGGCGUUCCGCACCGCGCCCUUCGCCGCCCCGUUCCGCUCGUACUGCACGAAAACUGAAGGUGCUGCUGUGGAGCUGGACGACCAGCUGAAGAAAGAUGGUGUCGGCAAUGAGGCAGCCAGCGACAAGAGAAGAAAUGCCGGAAUUCUUCCCAGUUUGGAGGAUUUGCUCUUCUACACAGUCGCAGAAGGUCAAGAGACGAUGCCUGCUCACAAAUUCCUCACAGCACUUAAAGCCACUGGGCUUCGCAGUGGAGAUCCCCGACUGAAGGAAUGCAUGGAAACCCUCAAAGAAACUCUAAAGAACACUUCAGAUGGCGUCACUCUGGACAGGCACCUAUUCAAGAAGUGUGUCCAGAGCAACAUUGUCCUGCUCACUCAGGCCUUCCGCAAGAAGUUCGUCAUCCCAGACUUCCAGUCCUUCUCCUCCCAUAUUGAUGAGCUGUAUGAGAGUGCCAAAAAUCUCUCUGGAGGACAGGUUGCAGACUACAUUCCUCAACUUGCCAGAUUCAGCCCUGACCUGUGGGCAGUCUCUCUGUGUACAGUUGAUGGACAGAGACACACAGUUGGAGACACCAAGGUCCCCUUCUGUUUACAGUCUUGUGUCAAGCCUCUGAAGUACGCCGUUGCCGUUCAUGACCAUGGCACAGAGUUUGUGCACAGUUUCAUUGGGAAGGAGCCAAGUGGCCUCCGCUUUAAUAAGCUCUUCCUGAAUGAAGAUGAUAAGCCCCAUAACCCCAUGGUGAAUGCUGGCGCUAUUGUUUGUACUUCACUGAUAAAGCAAGGUGCAGGCAAUGCAGAAAAAUUUGACUAUGUCAUGAACUUUCUGAAAAAGAUGGCGGGAAAUGAAUAUGUGGGUUUCAGCAAUGCCACAUUCCAGUCGGAGCGUGAGUCAGGAGAUAGGAACUUUGCCAUCGGCUACUACCUGAAAGAAAAAAAGUGUUUCCCUGAAGGGACAGACAUGACAUCUGUACUGGACUUCUACUUUCAACUGUGUUCCAUUGAGGUGACCUGUGAGAGCGCCAGUGUCAUGGCGGCCACCUUAGCCAACGGCGGCAUCUGCCCAAUCACUGGUGAGCGUGUGCUGAGCCCCGAGGCUGUGAGGAACACACUAAGUCUGAUGCACUCCUGCGGCAUGUACGACUUCUCAGGACAGUUUGCUUUCCAUGUCGGUCUGCCAGCCAAGUCUGGAGUAGCAGGGGGGAUCCUGCUGGUUGUGCCCAACGUGAUGGGUAUUAUGUGCUGGUCGCCUCCGCUAGACAAACUGGGCAACUCUGUUAGAGGAAUACAGUUCUGCACGGACCUGGUGGAGCUUUUUAACUUCCACAACUAUGACAAUCUGAGGCACUUCGCCAAGAAGCAUGAUCCUCGCAGAGAAGGAGGGGACCAGCGGCAACACUCCUUCGGACCCAUGGAUUACGAGAGCCUCCAACAAGAGCUAGCUCUGAAAGCCCCUCUUUGGAAAAAGGUGUCUCCCACUGAGUCGCAUCAGGACAGCUCCACCACUGUAGUCUAUAGGAUGGACAAUGCCAGCAAAUGAAACUUUAAAACAGUAGAAGGAGAGCCCACGCCCCCACUUCACCUGAUCUCUCCCCACCUCUUGCAACAACAGCACCAUCUUUCCUCACCUCACCUCAAAUAUUUAUAUAUAAAUUCUAUAGAGGAUUAUUUAUUGCUUGUGAAGCAGUUAUUGAGUGAACGGACUGGGAAAUUUGUUCUGUUUUUAUUUAUGCUGGAAAAAUGGGAUGAGCUACUGUUUAUUUUGCUCUGAAUUUCAAAUGAGCCUCCACCUCCUUGUUGCCUUAGCGGUUCUAGCAUCUGAUGUACAGUGUACAGGUUGUGCUCUUUUUUUCCAUCUUAAUCCCUUUAUUGCUAUAUAGUUGUUGUUGUUUUUCCCCAUUUGGACAAUCUUCUUUAAAAGGGUUGCUGUUUGAAAUUCAAUUUUUACUUAAAAAAGCAAUGCAAACAUGUCUGAGUGUGGUUGCAUGUGUGGAGCUUUGGUGGAGCCAGCCUUCAGACCAGCAGUCUUUAAACAAACAGUCAGACUACUUCAUAUGAGUGGUUGCUCACUGUAGCUCACACUGAGGCCUAAGACUCAAGUAAUAUUAACACAUAAGUACUAAUGAGUAGUGUGUGAUUAGAAUGCCUCUAAAAAGGCAUGCGUUUUCUAACUGUUGUUGGAAAUUGUUUGGUCAGAGUAGAAUGUUAUGAACUUAUUUAGCUGUGAACGCAUGGGCCAAAGUGCAAAAGUGUUUGGCUAAGUUUCUCAUUUUUCAAAAAUGAGCUUUAAAUUCUAAAGGGAUUUUAUUAAUGCAGGUCUUUUUGCUGUUUGAGUCUUACAUGCUGUACCGUGAAUGAAAAUUUAACUGCAAACCCAGAAGCUUAUUAGUGUCACUGUGACUAUAAUGCAACAUUUUCUAACCUUCUGACAGACAUUAUCUGUGAAUACAGGCAACUGAAUUGUGUUGGAGCCCCACCAUUGUCAAUUCCUCAUAUGCAAAAGAUAUCCAGAACUUAUUCUGCACAUUUGUAUGUGCUGGAAUAGUUUUUCAUAGUAAACAUUCAAAUGAAUAACUCAUUUGUGCCACCCUGCACAUCUUUAAUGUUAGGAAUAGAAUACAAAAGAGACGUUGCUGAACAACUGUUAAAAAGACAGAGUGAUGUGAGCUUUGGCAUUUGAAACACAAACACUCAUAAUUGAGAAACCUGAUGUUUGACAGCGGUGGUAUGUUGAAAAAGAUUUAUUGCCCUAAAAUAGGAUUUUAUCUUGAACUGAAUCACUCAGUGUUUGUGCCUGGGGCACAUCUGGGAUAGGUUUUUCUGAUAGGAUGUGUUUGUUGAUUCCAUACAAAUUUACUCAGCCCAAUUGCAUAGGAGAAAGCUGAGGCAACUAAAGCAUCGGGCUUUUAAUGAGGCUUCUCGUAGCAACUUGACUCAGUUGUCCUCCCUCAUCUGACCCCCUCAGGAGCAGCUGUUCAGAGGACUGCUGCAGCUUUUUACAAUUCUGUUGAAUAUAGAUGAAGAAAAAAGUUCCACGUAUGCAUGUGCGGCUCUUUUUUCUGCGUUUGUCUUCUUUACUGAGUAUUGUCAGUAUGACGUUAGUGGGAGUGGUGGUGUGUGUUUACUGCUGCGACCUCCAGUUAAAGCCCCUAAUAGCGAUCAUAGGUCUGAACAGUCCUGAUACAACUUUUAACUUGUCUGCUGUGAGCAGGUGACUGCCGGGUUUAUCUGGGCUGCAUUCCAAAACUAUUACUGCAUGUUUACAAAAACAUGCAUGUGUUCAAACAUGAUGGCUAGUCAGAACAUUAACCUACUUUCUAUAUGAAUGCUGCAAAUUUAAAAUAAAGCAACGAUUGAUGAGACUGAUGGUUUAAAACGUCAAAGAAAUAAUUAUUUGUCCUGUUACUGAAAUACUAUUGAGAUUUUCUGAAAUUCAGAACACACAGAGCAGCAGAUGAUGCUCGGUGUUUAUGUGCCUGAAAUGUAUUUUUGGCAAAGAAAAAUGGGCCAUGCCAAAGGUAGGCAUCAAAAAAUCUAGUGAGAUUUGUAACCUUGUCUACCUACUCUGAUACUAGAUUUGUAUCAAAAUUGAGGAGAAGGGCAGUUGAGGGGAUUAGAAGCAGAGUGGUCUAACCCACAAAAAAAUCCAUCUGAGUUUUAUAUAAUUUACGUAAUAUUUUAUGUUCUAGACUUUAGUGGCAAAGUGGUCUAACCCACAACCCAAAUAUAGUGUCACAGUGGUGCUUUGAAUGUUAGACCGUUCUUGAAAACACAAAACUUUGAAAACAUUUUUCUCAAACUACAGAAAGUCGGCUAGACUGCUUCCAAACCCUUCUGUUAGCUCUGCACAUAAAUCCUACAUUUAGGACAUGCAGUAAACAAAACAAGAAAAGCACUCGGAGCGCAGUACUCCGCCAAGGCUGCUCAGUCGCUGUAUCAUUUCCGACGGAUAAGUCCACAGCGAUGGAUUUUUAGUAGGAUCACAGUCAUGUGAUCAUCAGCAGACAGCCGAUGUAGUGUUUCCUUUUGGUCAUAGUUACAGUGACACUGUGCUGCUAUCUCUCAGUUGCUGCAAUCUUUAACAAAUCCGUAGAUCCAGACUAUAAGCUCCAUCACUGGCAACAUCUAAUCACUUGCUCCUUGUGUCAUUUCUGACCUUUCCUGAAAAUUUCAUCCAAAUCAAUGAGUCCAUUUUUGAGUAAUGUUGAUAACAGACAGACAGACAGACAAACGUAUGCCGACCGUCACAUAAGUCCAUUGCGUUCCUUGGUGGAGUAAUGAUGAAGCGGAAGCUGGAGACUGUGUGACACUGUCAAAAGCUCCCAAAACUAAGCAAAACUUUGCUUACUGAAUGGUCAAGAUUUGGGAACUUUAAUCUAGUGUGUACACCAAUAAUAAUAUUUUUUCAAAAAAUAUGUCUUUUACUGUCAAAGAGCUGAACAACUAAUUAUUUUUGACAGCUACCACAAUUACAAUAUGAGUCACAAUUUUGGUGGUAUUUAUUUCACAGUGAAACAAAUACUUAAAUUAGCAUUUUUUUUGUCUUGGAUUACUGUAAAUGAAAUACUUUGGAAUUUUGACCCGUUUGGACUACAGAGGCCAUGUGGGAAUGACUCUAAUGUUUUGAGUAGUCUUUUUCAACACUUUAAUUUUUUUUUUAGCAUUCUCAAUGACGGUAACUGUCAUUAGUUCAAUGAAUCACAGACAAUACUUAUUUCACAAUUUGUGCAGCUCAAAUUGGCAGCCAACGAACACACCUGUAACUCCAUCUUUAAUAAACUGUUGGAGGGUCAACCUAGUGGUACUACUGGGUACUACAGCAAAUCUACAAUACCUUUUCUGACGGACUGCACCUCCCCCAUCUUCUGCAAUAUUGGUUAAUGUAUUUUUAAUCAAAUAAAUAAACAACUAUAAAUGAAUAAUCAAUCAUUAGCAUCACUAAGCAUGACAGUAAUUGAUCCACUAAUGAAUCAAUCAUUGCAACUCUUAUUUUAUUACCACAUGUAAGAACCAGUUGUGGAGAAAGGCCUUCAUUAUUGAUAGUCUAACUGUUCCAAAUUGGCUACAGUGUUUGUUAAUGUAGAAGAUUCUUACUAAAAGGAAGAAUCUGCUUGGGUAAAUAGGUUCUCAAGACCUUUAAAUCAACAUUGUCUGUGGCGUAGACUUUAAUGGAGGUAAAUCUACUGGCACAGAAACUGUCGCAUCGGCACACAGCAGAGGAAGGUGAAUUCAUCUUUCUUGCAGCUCCAUGUCUUUAGAGGGGGAAAAAAACUUGAAGCUGAAAUAUCAGAUAGCUGGCAUUUAAUAGAGUUUGAUGAGAGAACUACUCACUCAGAGUGUGGUUUGACUAUCUGUAUGCAAACAUAAAAUACAAUCAGUAUUGUUUGAGAUAUCUCAAAGUGUUAUUCCUUUAGAAUGGCUGCAAAUUAUGACAGCUUCUUUCCAUAUACAUAUUUUACUGUACCUCUGAAUGUACAUAGCAACAGGUGUAUAUAGCUUUCAGGUGUGUCUGUAUACAGAGUGAUGAUGAUCCUCAGCAGCAGAGCAGAGUGCGUUUGAUUAUAUAUGAACUUAAAACGUUCCAACGUGGUGAUAUUAUCUCCUCCAGGAAAUAGAAAUACUUGCACAUGAAUGUCAUGUCAGCAGAUGCCUUAGAUGUCGCUUUACUGUGACUGUACUGGGAGGAGAGUUUUAUCUGUUUGUUAUUCAGUCAUUGUCGAAACUGUACACCUGCUAUGUGUUGGUGGGUUUGACCUGAGCUCUAAGCGAUGGCUGCUGGAGCCAGUAAAACCUUGUUAUAAAUCUGUCAUGUUGUGAGAAGUAUUUUAAUUUCUGUUGUAUUUUAUUUUUUAACUCAUAGGCUUCUGUUAGUGUUUUUCUUUGUGUCAUUAAGUUUCUGCUCAUCAGUGUGUCGAGGUACAAAGUAUUCAAAAGCCUCUGUCGUCAUUAAUUCUCUUUGGAAAUGAUGGACUGUGUCAGGCUCGUUUCGUGGUGGACCAUUAAGAAAAGUAUUCAAAUUAGCAUGUGGAAAAACUGACACUUAUAACCCUUAAGAUCAGAUUUUUUUUUUUGCGUUCCAACCUCAGUAGCUGCAUUUAAUCCUCUACAACAAUCAAAUAUAUCUAUAUGCAUUAGUUGACUGCCAUGGUUAUAUAGGAUAUAAAUUAAGUUGUGAUUAUAUUUCAUAUUUGCCAAACAAGUGGGGAAAACAAAAGUAAAUGUCUAAAUGUUGACAUAUGAGGCAUUAUUUGGGAUAGAACUCUGGGACUUGUGGUAUAAACACAUUCUUGGUGCAACAAUCAGUAACCACGUGUGUCACCACAUCAACUGAGAUUUGAAUCUGAAGGAUCAUUUACCUUAAAUGUAAAUCUGAAACAAUCAGUGGAUCGAGGAAAAAUUCAUUUGCGACUAUUUCGCUACUUGCUACCGUGGGAUCGGCACCAUUUUCCGUCACAUUCAAGUGUAGCUCCAAUUUCAGUGUCUCAUCUGAGGCUUACAGAGUCUGCUUCGGUUUCCCCAGCCUGACUAUGAUUUUUGACCAGAGUCAGCCGUGUGGGUCGCCUCUCUUGAAUGUCAGUGAACAGAGUCCGUCUCCCAUUCCUGACUGACUUUAUUUCUUUGCUGCUACACGAUCGUGUUUCUCUCCAUCUGCACAAAUUCUGAAAUCCAAUGCCUGAAAAUGUCCACAAGACUGAACCAGACCAGCUCUGGCAGGACACUGAUUUAACCUCAUUCCAACCAGUCAGGAUUGAUUAUCUCAGCUUUUUCACUUUGCUUUGCAAAUCAGAAUAUUACUUUGCAUGGGGGGUGAGCAGUAUUGCAACGACCCCACUCUCAUUCCUCACUGUUUGAUUAUUACGAUGAAAUUCAUGAUAGCAGGGCUUUUGAAUGCAGUUACCCGCAUUUCCAUGGAAAUCCUGAGAUCUUUUGGCUCAUGUCAUGUUUGAGUUCAUUUUUCUUUGAAUUCUCAGUUUCCAUCUUGCAUGCAUGUUGUUGUAUAUGAGAAAUGUCUUUUUUUAAAAUCCCAUCUUCAUAUGUUUCACUUGAUUUCCUUUCAUGUCUUUUAUUUAUGUUGACCUAUGUCCUGAUCAUAAAUUUUAUCCUCUGUGAAACUGCAUAUACAUUUAAAAAUGAUCACUACCAUUACAGUUUGGCGACCUUGGAAUUGUAAGGUUCUCUAGUGUUUUGGUCAGAUAUCAGAUAUUUAUGUGUAUGUCAUCGUACAAGCAGGUCUCUUGGCCAAAGAUUUAGUUGAACUUUGUGGAAAUGCAAAAACUUAAAAAUUAGGGAAUGGUUACAUUGGAAUCCUGGACAGAAAACGCAAACCUUCAGUAGAUGAAACCAUACAGUUCCAAGCUCAUGACUGUCAAACCUUUCUGUUUGUAAUUCUGUAUGUAAAGUCUCCAUAAGCUCGUGAACUGUCCUGUCUGCUUGGAGGAGACACUGAGUGGUGAGCUUCACAAUUCUGAGCAAAUUCUUCAGCUCCUUUGGCUGUGAUGGACAGGCAGACAUGACAGUAAAAGUGGUGUUACCGAUUUUUGUUGCCUUUGUAUGAAAUGAAAUAAAGCACUGUUAUUCAUCA